AUGUUUAAAAAUAACAGUGCUGACUUUGGUGGAGUGUUUUUUGUUGCUGAUGGCACUGUGAUCAUUUCCGACUCUGUGGUCACAAACAACAGAGCUACUCAGCAAGAUGGAGUGAUUGCGGUUGUUAUCUCAAGUCUGAUAAUUACUAAUACAAGCAUAUUUGACAAUUUAAAGGGUGAAAAUAUCCUUUACGUAGUGCAUUCUAACUUGUCAUUUACGGGAGUUAACAACGUUAGCAAUAAUGUAAACCCUGUAUAUGCUCUAAGAAGUCGAGUGGAGUUCAAUGGACCCACAACUCUCAGUAACAAUCAUGGUGUGCAGGGUGGAGCCAUCAGAGCAGUCCAGAGUCAAAUCUAUAUCAAUGCAGAAGGAAUGGUCAUUUCUAACAAUACUGCUACCUUUGGAGGAGAUCAAAAUGAUGCUCAAAAUGGAGGAGGUAUUUAUGCAGUUGCUUCAAACAUUAAGGCUUUUUCUCACGCUUACGUCCAAAUCAAGUCAAACUCAGCAAACAAUAGCGGAGGUGGAGUGUAUCUACAACAAAGUUCCAAGAUAUAUAUUUUGAAACAGGACUUGGAGCUAGAGCUUGGUAAAACGCUGGUCAUACUGGAAAUCCACAAUAACAAGGCUCAAUAUGGAGGGGGGAUAUUUGUGGCAGACAGUACUGAGAGUGGUGUGUGUAGAGGAGAGGAUGUAACUACUGCAGGAGAUCUGACACGAACAGAAUGCUUCAUUCAAACUCAAGAUCUCUACGGUUUUGAUAUCAAUUUUGUUAAGACUUUGAUACCUUUAGUGCAAACUUCCCAGUCUUCAUAUGAAGAAGUACUUAAGUGUUUGAACAAUACAUCAGUUAAUCAUCGCAACACUUUUUUGACUAACAACACAGCUUCCCAGUCAGGAGCAGAUAUUUACGGAGGUCUGUUUGACAGGUGUACGGUGGAUGUAUCAGCCGAACUCUCUUCAUCAGACAACGGAUUUGAGUACUUGAACAAUACUGUGCAUUAUUCAUCGAUAGCUUCGAAGGCUGUCAGAGUGAAGUUGUGUAACACCACCAAACAGACCAUUUCUGUUAGAAAAGGACAAGCAUUCACAAUCAGUGUUAUGGCUGUAGACCAAGCUGGAAAUCCAAUGAAUAACGCCAUAAUUCACAGUUCUGUUAUCACUGAGAGCCGUAGAGUUGAUCGUCUCAAAGAAGGACAAGCACAACAGGAAGUUGGCAAUCAGUGCACAGAAUUAGAGUACAAUGUAUUCUCACAAGACAGCUCUGCUCAAAUGGAACUCUAUGCUGAGGGUCCAUGCAACAAUUUGGGAAUUUCAAAACAAAUUCUAAACAUAUCUUUUCAAAAGUGUGAUUGCUCUAUUGGACUCCAACCAAUUAUGUCCUCAAUUGAGUGCAAGUGUGACUGUGAUCCAGUCUUGUUGCAGCAGAUAACAAACUGUUCUGAAGAAAAUGGGACCAUAAAAUUGGAAAGCAAUAACAACAUAUGGAUAGGAGUGACUAAUACCACUAACGGAAGUGGGUAUGUUGUUAGUAACUGUACAUUUGACUAUUGUGUACUAAAGCCAGUCAACAUCAGUCUAAGCAACCCUGACGAACAAUGUGCCUACAAUCGAAGUGGUGUCUUGUGUGGAGAAUGUGAACCAGGGCUCAGUCUUGUGUUAGGUACUUCAAGAUGUGAACUCUGUUCAAACUGUUACCUUCUCCUGCUACUCCCGUUUGCCCUGGCAGGCAUAGUACUAGUUGCAUUCAUUCUCCUUUUCAACAUUACCAUAGCAACAGGCACUAUCCAUGGGCUAAUCUUCUACACUAAUAUAUUAGCUGCAAAUCAGUCGAUCUUCAUACUUUUUCAUAACCCUUUGACAGUUUUCAUAUCGUGGGUGAAUCUUGACUUGGGUAUUGAGACAUGCUUUUAUGAUGGAAUGAACUCUCAUGCAAAAGUGCUCCUUCAGAUUGUCUUUCCUGCUUACCUGUUUCUUCUGAUGUUCUUAAUAAUCAUUUUGAGUAAGUACUUUGACUCAUUUGCAAAGCUCCUCUCCAACAGGAACCCAGUUGCUGCCCUAGGCACACUCGUCCUACUCUCUUAUUCCAAACUCUUGCGGUUUAUCAUUGCUGCAUUGCAAUACAGGGUCUUGGAUUAUCCUGAUGGUGCAACCGAGGUGUUGGAUUUUCCCAACAAUUCAAGUGAUAUAGUUUGGUUGUAUGACGGCAAUGUGCAAUAUUUCACUCUCGGUCACAUCCCUCGGUUUGUUUUUGCCGCCAUAAUCCUCAUCUCUGGUAUAUUGUUCACUGUACUGCUCUUCUUUGGACAAUGGUUUCCUCGCUGUUCAAAACAGAAACUCAUGAAAUGGACUAAGAACACAUACUACAAUGGCUUCAUGGAUACAUACCAUGCUCCAUUCACUCCCAAACAUCGCUACUGUGUGGGACUGCUCCUAUUUUCUUUGAUCGCUCAUAACCUAAUAACUGCUUUGGCUUUGGACACUUCUCUCCCCGUACUAUCAGCUGGAUCUAUAAGUGUUGGGCUUAAUAUUUUCAAAUUGCAGAAUUAUCCUGUGUACAAAAUACGAUUCAAUGAUUUACUGGAAACACUCUUUUUCCUCAAUCUUGCAAUUCUAGCAUAUGGCACCCUCUACAUAGGAAACAUCAAUGGGAAUCAAGUCAUAAUAUCCAACAUUUCAAUGGCAGUGGCUUUUGUUUUGUUUGUGGUGAUAGCUUGUUACCACUUUUACGAGUACAUACUGAAGAAAGUUCCUGUUCUGCAGAGGCAGAAAAAUGCACUCAGACCGAGAAAAAUGAUUCCACGAGUUCGCAAACUGGAAAUGGAGAAGAAAAACCAUGAAGAAACCUGGACAAACGCGGACAGAUAUGAUCCGUACACUAAUGGAGUCAUGGAAGAAGCUGAAUCAGAUCCUGAUCGUUACAUCACUCCUCCCAUCAUCCGACCAGCCACAAGGCCGGACCAGCUGAGAGAGCCUGCCCUGGAUGUGCUAGCCCCCCUCACCACAGAGGACUACAGACCACCCCCUCCCCCUCCUCAACACAAUGCACCCAAAGUUACGCACACUGUCAUCGACGUCGUGAAAGAGUAA